AGGAGGGGCAAUGCAGGAGCUGGGCACCAUCCCACAUACCUACCUUGCUUCAGGCUUAGGAAUGGCUUAGGUUCAAGGGUUCUCCAUCGUGCGCCAUGGCAUCUCUAGCAAGCAGACGAGCUUGCAACUGUGGCACAUUUCUGCCGCGGCAGCCUGACUCGCAGCAUGGCAUCAAUGUCACAUACCCCAGCUUUCUGCUGCCUGCAAAAACAAACUCAAAAUGGGCGCAGCCCGCAUGCGCAGCUUCCAAUGAAAGCCUUGCUAAGCGGAGCCAAAAGCGAAGCAGUCUUGUAUCAUGUCUACACGACAGAACGUCUCCUGGUUGUUCAGAAAGAUUUUUGAAGGAGCACAGGCUAGGUGGAGCCCGGGAAAGUGACACACGGAAGCGGUCAGUUGCAAGGAGAGCAACUGAAGAUGGCGAUGGAGCUUCUUCAGAGCCGCUGCAAGUGGAGAAUGGAGAUACCGUCACGGUUCACUACCGAUGCAUGACCAGCGACGGCAGGUUGCUGCACUCCUCAGACGCCCAAGAGCCCCUCACUUUCGUCUCAGGGGCGGGGGACGUCGUCGGCAACCCGUUGUUCCAGGAGUUUGACCAGGCAACGCGGGAUCUGACCGUGGGCGAGAAAGGCUACGUCCAAGCUGUGGGCGACGAAUGGACGGAGGACCUGGUCUUUGACGUGCCUAGGGACCACGAAGAGGUCGCCCGUCUCGAGGCGAGCGUCGAGGGCACCGACGAAGGGCCGCUAAAACCGGGCUCCGUGGUGCAGCUGAUCAAUGGAAACCCGGCCAUCGUCGUGGCGAUUGACGAUGAGCACGUCCGAAUAGAUGCAAACCACCCUCUUGCAGGGUCGACGUUGAGUUUCGAAGUAGAGGUUGUGAACGUUGAGAAGGCUAGGAAAACAGUCACUUCGACUCCUUCUUAGCAUCUUAGCCAAAGAGACAUACGUUGAAGUUAGAGAUGUGUCGAGUCAUUUUGCACGGAGAUCUGGCUAUCAUUGAAAGAUAUACGAUUGGCAAUGAACUGGCAUCAGACUCAGAAAGUCUCACCACGAUCCAAAUAACAAAGCUGAGACGAGUACGACUACGGUUGCCUAAAAGCCGCCGUAUUGCGUCUUCUUCGGCCUUUCUCAAGGCAUACAUCUGAGUACUUAAGAGGACUUAAGAGUGCCCGAUUGUUCUAUGGUCCAGAUUCCUCAUCCCACAUGCACGGUAC